AUGAAGGCGAGGGUGCUGCUGGCGGAGGUCGAUAAAGAUAUGAAGUUUCCACCGGGAUGGAUCACACAGUGGCGAAUGAAACACGGCAUCCGCACCGCCGACGACAUUUCCAAUAUGCCACCUCCAGCACUUCCUGGCCCUGCAGCUACGGGCUCCACCCCUGCCGUUUCCACGGUUACCGCCGCCGCUCUUGAGGCCGAAACCCCCAACGCCGCUGUUGAGACUGAUACGGCAGCCGCCGCUCUUGAAGACACGGCUACUCCCGCAACUAUAGGCCUGAGCUUUCCGCAGGCCCCUGAGCUGUACAGUGAUGUGGACGAGAGCUAUAGGGUCUAUCUCGACCUUAUUCCGGAGCAGUUUAGGGGCGAGAAGAAGCCGCCGAUUCCGGGGGAUCGGGAUCUGCCGAUUUACCUAGAUUAG